AUGUACGUGACACCUCUGCGGAUUUGCUUCACAUCGUCGUUCAUUGAAGAGCCUGUCAUUAUUCUCUUGGAGAACGUGCUUACAUUGGAGAGGAAAACGAACUUUGUCUGCGACACCAUUGUUAUAGUCACGAAGGCACGAGUGGAGCACGAUUUCACAGCUUUCUUCUCGACGGGCGUGACCCAAAUAUACAACUUAUUGAAAACUUUGUGGUCUGUUCGCGAGAAGUACGCUGCAGAUAGGGCUACCUCCCUUUACCCUGAACCGAAAUCUGACGCCUCGUCCUCGGAUGACUUUGUAAGUACCCCUUCUACGAGUCGAGCCAGCUCAGCCGGCAAUCGCGGUGGUGCCGAGGGAAGAGACAAUCAAUCCCAAGACUCACAGCCCCUGUCAUCCAGCAAUCAACAGCGCACGAACGGUCAGCAAGACUCCGACGUGUGUACCGAGCGUGACCGAGCUACCGCUUCCUUAUCCGCUUCGCAUGUGGGUACUCCGGGUGUGGUAGAAAAACAGAGCACUAGUGGGCUGUCGCAGGAGAGAAGCUCGUUGCAAAAUCGAAAAAAUAGACUUCCGGAAGGUAGCAGCGACGCCUGCCUCGGGACAAUUCCAGAAUUCCGGCGCUUUUUCCCGUCGCUUCCUCAGACAGAAACAGUCAAGGACUCGUUCACGUGCUGCUACCAAUUUGGGGCCAGUCGGCUGGGAAAGAUGUGGGUCACUCAGAACUUCAUUCUCUUUGUUUCCCCGAUGAUGGAAUCAAGAAUAGAGAUCAAGUUCUGUGACGUGGAGAAAAUCGAAAAGGAGCAGAAGCUUGUCCUGCUCGAUGGGUUUUACGUGCAGCUCAAAUCUGGGGCCUCGAUGAGCUUCUCAAACUUUACGAGCCGCGAUGCUGCUUUGAAUGUGAUCGAGUCCACGUUUCAAGCCUCAAAGGCCCAGCAGAAGGAUACGGCAGAAGACUCUGUGGUCUCAGGCCCACUUGUCUUCAAAACAACGACGAGCGAAAACGAUGAAGCCAAGAUGCCCGGUGUGGCGUCGCUGGACGCGUUCUCGCAGGUGGAGACGGAUUAUGGCAGCGCGCUUAGCGACUUCUCAUGCUUUGGGAAGGAGUUGAUCACACCCGUGAAGCUGUGCACGGGGAAGGGGGUCCUCGACGUGUUCGGCGUGUGCUUCGACGAUGGCACUGCGCUGCUGGAGGACUACCACACAGAGCGGAAGGACACGGACCAGAAGUGGGAGCCGUGGCGGCCAACGAAGGAUGGAGGUGCGUUCCGGGGGCAGCGCCAGUUCACGUGCACGACGUUGGUGAAGGCGAUGAUGGGGAAGCCGUACGCGUACAUCGAGUACCAGCGCUACGCCCUAUUCAAGGUGAGCGGUGCGCCGACGCUCGCGGUGCAGUUCUCAAGCCAGGUGCCUGGUGUGAUGUUUGGUGACGCAUUCCGCGCGGAGGCGCUUGUGACCUUCACGCAGACUGGCAGCGGUGCGUCGGCCGAGGUGACGGUGCGUGCGUUCGGGUACGUGCAGUUCCUGAAGAGCGUGUGGGUGAAGGGCCGCAUCUUGGCGACCGCGAUGAACACGGAGCUCCCCGAUGGGUACAGGACUCUUGCCAAUAUGAUUUGCGGGCGGCUUGAAAGUCAUCAAAGCGGAUGCGAGCCGCAACCCAAUGGAGGUGACAGCGAGGGGAGGAAAGAGGGCGGGGGCCAAGCAGCUCCGUCGUCGCCGGAGUGCAAACCAUAUGUCCCUGUGCUCUUCAAAGUUUGGAUGUUGGAAGGGUUCGUCGCCAAUGUUACUGUUCUCGCGCUCUCUGCGGUAUGCUUUUUUGUUUCACUUUUUUUCUGCCUUACCAUGAGUUUCUCCCCCAUAGGGGCGUUCACCCAGCGAGGCGUGCUGCAGUCUCUCACGUCACCGCUGACUGCCGUGGUCACUGCGGUGGUGUGCUUUGUGAGCUUUCAGAUCGGCAUCGCUGCGUUUGUGUCCCUUUGA